CAUCUAUGGAAGAAGAAAGGGCAAAGUCUCUGGAUCAAAUGAAAUGCCCCAGAAUGCUAGACUUCAAUGCGCCACUCUUAUCAAUCAGGCGUCCAAGUGGCUGCACGAAUAAUUCACAACCCAAAUUACAAGAUUCAGGUCACAGGAUUCCAUUCUGUUGGGAACAAGCUCCAGGCAGGCCCAAGGACUCUCAAAAAAGUCCCGAAAGUGACACCCCUCGUCUCAGAUUGCCACCAGGCAGAUUGCAUCCUCAAAAACCAGCUUCUUCCAAUGCAGAACAUUCACUUGAUCUUCAUCAGGAUGAUGAUUGUGAUGGUGAUAUUGACAAUGAUUAUAAUGAAGUUUUCUCCAAUGCCAUGGACGUUUUGUCACUAACAGAGGCCAUCGACAUUGUUGAAAAAGCUGAGCAAAGUCACGGAUUAGAUGGGUUCAAUUUAGAGCACAGUGAUAGUAUUUCUCCAAGUUACAUUAUCGAUCGGUUUCUUCCGGAUGCUACUGCCUUGGCUGCAUCUUCUGUUAUGAAUGUUUCCAGAAACCUGAGCAACAAACUUCCGUACGUUUGUAACAAUCCAGGGGCUGUGAGAAGAUCGUGUUCUCUGCCAAAGGGUUGUGGCCUGGAAUUGCUACUGCCAUGGCGGAUGAAGCACAGGAUCUGCGGUGUAAGAAGCCCAGUUAGGCAAGUUUGUUCUGCAAAUGUUCAAGCAAGUGCCAAAAUCAAACGUAGCAGGCCUUUUGGAGAUAAUGUGAAAAAACAUACUGGAUGUAUAUCAUAUAGUGCAUGAAUAUUUAAUAGUAGAAAUGAUUUUCAUUUGUGUAAUCAGAGUAUUGAUCUCAAAUUGAUACUUGUUCAAACACAGUUUAUAUAACCAUAAAUGAAAGGAUUGUAUUGCAUAUAUUUA